AUGCUCAUAACGACACCAUUUAUAAUUCUUUUGUGUAAUCGCAAGACCCGACCGCUAGCCUCAAAGAUUCGUAGAGGUGGCGGGUAUAAAACUGUAGGAUUUUUACAACAUAUUGCACACAAUCCCACAUCAGCCAUGAGAAGCGCGAUAUUGGUGAUAUCUCUGGUAGCCGCCGCAGUGGCGGAGGCUCCAUACCACCUGCCGCGUCCAGCUGUUCAUGCACCGUCCUUUAACUAUGCACAACCCGCGCCACCGCCGCCACCGCUAUCACCAACGAUCCUGCAACAUUUAGCGCCACUUCCACAAUUGCCGCAUCCUCAUUUACCAACACAAGCGUUCCAUUCUCAACCCGUAUCGCAACCUCAUUCCGUUCCAUCAGGAUAUAGUUAUCCCCAACCGGCAUCUCAACCUCUUAUCACUAAUUAUCAAACGGCAGCACAGCCACAAAUAUCUUACUAUUCCAUACCGCAGCCAGCUCCACAACCGAUUUCGGUAAACUAUCUUCGACCUCAACAAAUUUAUCAACAACCUAGUAUAUCCUACGUUCAACCUCAAGUACAACUUCCAGUUACACCUAUACGUCCCCUUCCUGCUUUUGUAACCACUCAACAGCCAUCUCCAAUAAAAUAUUAUCAACAACAACAUUACACUCCUGGUCAGGGUUAUACCUCGCAGCUACCGCAAACUCAGUCCAUUUCAUUUAUAUCUCAGUUUCCUCUUCAAUCCAAGUCGCCCAGCGGUAUUUCUACACCAUCUUUAUCAAGUUACCAGGCUGAUUUAAACUAUUAUAACACAGCGGCGCAGAUUCAAACGCAUAGAGAAGCCCUUGAUUCGACAGUCGUCAACCGAGUGCAAAACAUUAUAAAAGAAAACGAGCACACAUCUGCAAGAGAAGCGGGAUACCUGUCCUUGGUGUCCGGCGUAACUUUGGAAAAUGCUAAACCAAGUGUAGAAAUAUCUUCCUUUGUGGAAAACACGCAUCUGCCAAGCCAAUCGCAGGGUUCAUCAUUUUCAUCCACUUCAUCGAGCUUAUCCUCAUCGGGAAGUUAUAGCUUACCAUCAAUUUCUACAGAGAGUCAAUCCAGUUCAAAUUCUGGAAACUUAAAUUUCCUACCCGAUACGCAACCAGCUACUUCUUAUGGCACUCCAAAUUAA